UCUUCUUCCUCCCCUUCCUCCUUCUCCUCCUCCUCCUUCCAUCUUGGUCCUUUGCCACUUUUUCCUCUCUACACUCCCCCCAACCUCAUCUGAACCAUGUAGUUCUCUGUGCUUUCUGUUCCCAAGAGCCCCCCUCAGCUCUUCAGACAGGACUGGGGCUUUGUUGCCACAGAGUGACCACCUGUUCCUCCCUUCAGGCCAUCCCUGGGCUCCACUCCCAGUGACGUUCCUUGCUGUUACCAAAGUUCUCUGAGUGAGCCCUUUCCAAGUGUGCAUCAGUUUGUGCAAGUGAUCACUCCUCCAUGUGCCAGUCUCUCUGUAUGGGCAGCUGUGAGUAGAGUGAGCCUGUGCUUGGGACCCAAGUCUUGGUUCACCAGUUUCUCCAACAGGCAGUUGGGAUGAAACCUUACCAGCACAUCAGUCUCUCUUCCCUUCCGUUGCCUCCUGUACCCCUUAUACCAGGUGAGACCCAGCAGCCAGGAGCCUGGAACUGGCAGUCAGAACCUGAACAGUGGGCAAGGUCAGUUCGACAGCAGCUGAAUGCCCAGCUCCUCUUGGUCUCGGAGCCAAAGGCGGACUUGUCUCCUGAAGAGGCAUCACCUGAAGCCCUUGAAUCUCAGCACUCCGUCUGUGUUCCAGACACAGAAGAGCAGCUCCAGGACCGUCAGAGGACACAAAGACAGUCCCCAAAGGCAGUGAGCCAGUCAGAGCAGCCCACAGCGCUGGAGCUCCUGGUAGCUGAGCUCCAAACUCUGUUCUCAGCUGUCCUGCAGGAUGGCAGCCCUGCAGCUUGGCACUACCUGCAUGCGGUGCUGCGUCUGCUGCCUCCAUAUCGUGUGCUGCUUGUUGGUCACCUUGAUUUGCUGCCCUUCCUGGAGCAGCUGUCCCACUGGGCACCCUGGGUCCAAUCCCAGCUCCAGCUGGACCUGCUAGAUGCCAUAGAGCAGGCCUUUCCCCCAGACACCUCUUUGUUAGAGAGUGCCUCACAUAUUGAGUGCUGUUCCCAGAAGCAGAAGUUCCGUCACAGGCCCCCACACCCAGCCUGCCCUUUUGUGCAGGCCCGCUGGGGUGGGCAGCACGUGGGGGAGGAGUUGGCUACAUGGCUGCGACCACUGACACUGCCAGAGCUACAGCGCAGCCUGGGUAUUGUUGGUGCCCAGGUGGCCCUGAAAGAGACCUGGUGGCUAGAUGGCCUUAGCCUCCUGCCCUUGGCACUGGCCACAGACAUCCCCAUACGGUAUGAAAGCAGGGACACUGAUGAUGCAGAGGAGGAGCCUGUUGGAAGAAAAGAGACUAAGUCUCAGCUAGAUACACAAGUUCCUGGGAAGAAAAUAUUACAGAAGAGAAGCUCUGGCUUCUCAUUUCAGACUUCCCUCCUGGGUAGCCAGGUGAUGACCAUUAUGAAGACAGAGAGAUACCUGAAGAAGAUCCACUUCCUCUAUCUCAAUGUAGCUCCCAGCCGGCACUUUAGGCCCUACAGCCUGGUGGUGGUGCCACCCAAGAAGGUGAACCCUGAGUACUACAUCUUCUCUCCCUUUGGGAUCCUGCAUGUCCAUCCUGUGGAGGGCAGUGAGACGAUCACGCUGGGCACCUGGCACCGCCAUUCUGUCCUCUGGCAGCAGCUCCAGUCCAUCCCGUUCUUCAAAUAUUGCCUCUUAUACAAGGCCUUGGCUUGUUGGAAGAGGAGUGUGAAGUUGCACGGGCUGCACCGGCACCGGACUUUCCUAGGAAAGCAUCUGCUCUUUGCUGUGCCCCACUUUGGAGCUGGGCUUCUGCAUAUUAGCAGGCUUCUGCAGGAGCUGCGCUCUGUAUCCUGGCUCCCCCGAGACCCCGAUCAAUGCUAUGGGCUGCUGGACCUGCAACGGGCUCUAGCCAAGGAGAACCACAAGGCUCUGCAGCUGCUCCAUCGCUGCCUGCACCUCUGCACAUCCAUCCUGCACCUGGUUCAUGAAGAUACGUAUCACAUGCAACAGGGCCUGCAGGAGCGGCUGAAAAACUGCAAGAGGAUCAGGACUGACCAACUCUCGGUGUAUCUUCAGAAGGUACAGGGCCAGCAGCUGGAGCAGAAGCUGAGGCAGACAGAGGCGUGGUUGCUGCGGCUGGGACAGUUGGCCCGCCUGGUGGACCACAUGAUUGGCCAGAACCUUGUGUCUAUCAUAGAGGAGGAGAUAACCUCCUUCGUGGCCAACAUCCUGCAGGCCCCAAGGCAGAAUCCCUUUCUCUCAGCAGAGCUGGUCUUUGACGAUUGUGGCCAGCUGUCUCAUGAGCCAUGUAUUGAAAACAUGAUCCAGAUUCUAACUAGGGGCCUGCAGUCUGUCAAGGCCUCUGCCCUGAAGGUAAUGCAAUCUACAGACCUGAAGACCCCCUGGGACUCCUUGAUUUCUGAAGAAGAAGAGGAAGAGGAGGACUCAAACAAGGAAUUCAUCAUGCCCAAGCUCCAGGGCCAGCCUAGCGAUGCUGUGCACAUCUUUUGUGGCCCAAAUAUAGGAUUGGUGUGGCCCUGGAAGUCUCACACAGUUACUGAAGCCCUGGAGGUCCGUGGGUGCCGGCUGCGGGGUCAGUACUUGCCCCCCAAUUAUAAGCAGCUGCAAGAAGACCUGGACAACAGUCCUCGAAUCCAGCAGGCACUGACUCUGCAGCAGGCCUUGCUGGAGGGCAUGCUGUGGGAGGUGAAGGAAUUCUGCAAGGAACAUCACUGGAUGACAGGCAUUCAUGAGUUCCUGCAAGCCUGGGGGCCUCAGAAGCUGGAGUCCAUGAGAGGUUGUCCCAUCAAGAACUACAUGAUGCUGGUGAGCCGCGUGAACAUGUGGCAGACUGAUGUCUCCAAUAUACCUAAGAAGUUGAUCACAACAGGCAGAUUGCUGCAGCUGAACUGCUAUCACAUACAGGCAGAGAUGGAAUCCAAGCUGGAUGGCGUCAGGAAGGACAUUCUUACACAUGUACAGAAUGAGUGCUGGACCCGCAGUCAGCAACUAAUAACGGAGCUCACAGAUUUCACGGAGGUCUUCCAAACCAUCAACUCAGACAUUCAUACCAUUGCACGGUGCUCCCAGAAGUUGAACCAGGCCAACGAGCAGUAUGCAGAGCUGGAGAAGCGAAUGGAAUACAUACGGGCACUCCACGAACUCAUCCGCAACCAUUUUAGCCUCUUUAGUGCUGAGAAUGAGGCACUGGACAUCUCGGUGAGAAGGCAGUUGGGGAAGUCACCCAUGCCUCCCAGUCUCCCUCCCCCACAGCCGCACCUACCUGACCGCACUCCCCUUGCCCCACAGCUACUGGAUGUGUGGGAGGCAUUUCAAUUUGAGAAAAGCCAGGCCUCAGAGUUCCUGAUCAGCAAGCGACAUGCCAUUGUGCCCAAGCUGCAGCAGCUAAUAGCAGCGGCACUUGUGGAGCUGGAAGGUCUGAUUGAGAACGCCCUAUCUGGCCCCUUCAUGGACCCUGCGCAAGAACAGAGGAGCAUGGAGCGUCAGCUCAUUUCCCUGGAGCGUCAGUUCCAGAACACAGCCAGUCACCUCAGUGAACUGCACCAUGCCUAUGCCACCUUCACCGGGGAGGAGAGUCCUGUGCCCUUGCCAGUCUGCGGGACCCGUCCAAUCGUGCAGCAGCAGCGCAUCUGGCACCUGUACCGAGUCAUCUCUGAAAACAUCAGUGAAUGGAAGUGCAUGGCUUUUGCCAAGUUCAGCAUGACUAUCGCCCAGGAGAAGACAGAUGGCUGGCUGACAGAGGCGGCCCGGCUGAGCACGACCCUGGGGCUGCACAGCCCGGUUCUGCAGCGCUGUAUGCACAUGCUGGAGGAGUUUCGCAUCUACCUGCCAAUACUUAGCAGGCUGGGCAGCUUCCAGCUGCAGAACUUAAAUUUCCAAGUCCUCCUGCGAGCCUUAGGGCUGGGCAGUCUUCAGAACACGGAACUCCUAACACUGGGCCAGCUGCUAACUUGUCCGCUGCUCGAAUUUGCAGAUCAAAUCAAUCAGAUUUGGCAGUGUGAAAACGAACAAAUCUGUGCCCAAGAAACUCUCCGGCGGCUGCAGCGGGUCUGGGAGGCACGCCAGCUGCGACUGAUGAACUUCAUCCUGUAUGUACCCUAUGAGCCCCCCGCCUUGGAGCGCUCCAAGAGGCAAAUGUUCCAUAGCCCCCAGUGGGAGGUGGUGAGCAAGGAUAGCGGCACCUUCAUCCUUUCAGAUUACAGCAGCCUGCAGGAUUCUAUCCAGGAGAGUCUUCAGGUAUUGUUCAAGAUCCUGGCCAUCCAAAAGUCAGGAGACUUAAACAAAAUAGCUUUGGAGUGGGUGACCAUCAUGCAUAGCCUGAGUGCCUUGCUGGAGGUGUGGGUGACUUUCCAGCAGAAGUGGAUUUUUCUGAAUAAAGUUCUGUAUGAGAUGAAGAUCGAGUUUCCUAGUUCCAACCUGAACUCCCAGUUCAAGGCCAUGGAUGAUCAGUAUCGGAUCCUGAUGCAGACCUCUGUAGCUGACCCCCUGGUUCUGUCACUUGUAGUGCCCAGCAUCAAGCGGAGCCCUCACUUCCGAGGCCAGCAGCUACAACAACUGCUGCAAGCAGGCUCGGUGGAGCUGGAGGGCAUCAUCAUGGCCCUGGAGACCGUGCUUUAUGGGGUGUGUGCUGACUUCCCCCGCCUCUUCUUCCUCAGCAAUAGUGAGCUGGUAGCCCUGCUGGCUGCCCCCCUGGAAUCAUGUGAGGCCCAGCUCUGGGUACGACGCUGCUUUCCUCAUGUGUAUGCUGUGAGUUUCAGUUCCAGCCUGACUGACAAAAACACGGAUGACCGGGACUCAAGCCCAAAGCCAUCUACUCAGGUGGAGGCAUUUGCAGUGCUUGGGGCGGGUGGGGAGGAGGUGAAGCUGCAGGGGUCUGUUCCUCUGCAUCCGGAUCUCCCCAAAUGGCUGGCCCAUCUGGAGAAGUGCCUGCGUUUGGCACUUGUGCACAUGCUGCAGGGCUGUGUGGCUUCCCGUCUCGCUCUGGGCCCGUCCCUAGAUGAGGCCUUCAAGCAGCUGCCCCAGCAAGGCCAGCUGUCCUUGCAGCUGUGUGUCCACCACUGGCUAGACUUAGUCCAGGCCUUCCCUUGGCAGUGUGUGAUGGUGGCAGAGGAGGUGGUAUGGUGGGCGGAGAUGGAGGAGGCUCUGGUAGAGGGGAGGACCCUGGCCAUGGUCCCCACGCAUGUGCGCAAGCUCGAGGCACUGGUGCAUUUUAUACGGGCUCAAAGGGCCUCCCAGGGUGGGCAGCCCCUGUCUUCUGUCCGCCAGACCAGCCUGCUCAGUGCUCUGUUGGCCAUGGCAGUGACUCACCGGGAUAUAGCACAGCUGUUGCAGGAGCACCAGGUCAGUGAUCUGACAGAUUUCCAUUGGGCCCGCCAACUCAAAUACCACCUGGGUUCACCUCACAUCGUCCCCCAGAAACCCCUGCAGAGUCUCAAGACUAUUGCAUCUACUGAGACUUCUCUGUCACCAGCUGCAUGCUGGAUAGAUGUGCUGGGUCGGUCCUUUCUGUACAAUUAUGAAUACCUGGGUCCCAGACUAGGGUCUCUACCCAGCCUGCUGCCCGAGCGGCCAGCCCUGGUGCUGUUAUUGGCCUUGGAAGAGGUGGCCUGUGGGGCUCUACUGGGCCCUGAAGGAGUGGGCAAGACAGACAUGGUGAAGAGCAUGGCACAGGCCCUGGGACGCCAGCUGGUGACAAUGCCCUGCCUGCCUCAGACAGAAGCCCAAAGCCUGAGCAACUACCUGAACGGGGCCUUGCAGGGUGGUGCCUGGCUGCUGUUGGAGGAGGCUCAGCGCCUACCCCUCGGCUUGCUCUCUGCCCUGGGCCAGCGCCUCACUCAGCUGCACCACCUCUGUGCCCCACUGUACCAGGAGGCCUCCCGAAGUACCAGCACUGUUGACCCCACACACCCCCAGCUCCUGGGCAGUGGCUUCUUUGAGAAACAUCACGUGUACAUACGCCUUUGCUAUGGCUGUUUCCUGACACUGCGUUCCCUGAGUCCUGCUGUGCCUGCCAACCUACACCUGCUGCUACGGCCUGUGGCACUGACACUGCCUGACUUGCAGCAAGUGGCAGAGCUGACCCUGCUGGGUGCAGGGAUGCGGGAUGCCUCCCGCAUGGCUUCCCGCUUGUCUAAAUUCUUCUCCCUAGGGCGUGAGCUGGUGUCUGCAUCCCUGCCCUGCCGCUUGCCAUUGCUCAAGCAGGUUCUGGAAGACACGAUACAAGACUUACAUGUGACCAAGGAGCCCAAGUUCCAGCAGCCCCACAACCUAGCUGUCAAUGAGGAGGCUGCCCUAUUGCGUGCCCUGCUACGCUCACCACUAUUCAGCAUCCUCAGUGGUGUCCACCUGCACAACCUCCAAGAGCUGCUCUGUGGGCUCUUCCCUAAUGCCCGCCAGGUGUUGGCAGAGCCUGUGACCCACACGCUGAGGAAGCCAUUGCUGGUGGAGGAACUACAGCAGAUAGGCCUCCAUCCCAGCCCUGAUAUUUUGGGAUCCCUGGAGCAGCUGAGCCAGGCUCUGAGCCGGGUUUCAGGUGUUUUGCUCCUGGGCCCUGCAGGCAGUGGCAAGACCACUUGUUGGCACAGCUUAUUUAAGAUCCAGAAUCGGCUGGCAGCCAGGGAGGACACCUCAGCUCAGGGCUGCCAGCCUGUGGAGAUCACCCACCUGUAUCCCAAUGUCCUCAGCCCCCAGGAGUUCCUGGGAUGGCUAGAGGGCCCCUGCUGGCACCAUGGCGUCUUCCCCAGGCUGUUUCGUGCAGCCAAUCCAUGUAAGACUGCCGGCCCAAAGGGGCCACCACAGGAAUCGGUGGGUAUCCAGCACUGGAUAAUAUGUGAUGGGGUCGCCAGUGCUGCCUGGCUGGACUCUAUCACUUGCCUCCUGAGCGAUGCCCCCCAGCUCAGCCUCCCCAACGGGCAGCAGAUAGCACGACCCCCAGGUACUUUUCUCCUGAUGGAGGUGGGAGAUGCAACAGGUAUGUCCCCCACAGUGGCAGGCCGGUGUGCCCUCGUCUGGUGUGGCGGGGAGCAGACUUGGCAAAGCAUGCUUAGUGUUCUGAUGGCAACCCUGCCCCACGAGUACCACCUGCAACCCCAGACAGUCACUGAGCUCAACCGCCUGGCUCAAGCACUGGUGCCAGCGACGUUCCGAUUCCUCACCCGGCAGGGCGCCAGCUCUCUGCUGCAGGUUCAUGGGCAGCAGGCCGUUUGCCCAGGUGUGGCCGAAGUGACCAGCCUGGCCCGUAUCUUGCGUGGUCUGCUUGGCCCCCACCUGCGCAUAGAUGAAGGGGAGAAGGCACAUGUCUCAGAGGACCUCAGCUGUAGUGAUCCUGUGGCCCAGAGCUUCAAGUCCUCAAAAAGCAGCUCUCUGAACCCAUCCCAGGUUGCCAGUGAUGAUGUACCUAAUAAGUGCAAGGAGCAUUCGCUGGCUGUCAGCAGCUUUCUCUUUGCAUUGGUUUGGGGCUUUGGAGCCCACCUUCCCUCCAGGCUCUGGCCCCUCUUUGAUACCUUCAUGAGGGGUUCUAUUAGUUGCCUCUGCAACUACCUGGAGCCACUGCCUUCAGCCUUGGUGUUUGAUCUACAUGUAUGCCCUGAAAAUGGGACAUUGGUCCCCUUCACUGGCCAUUACCUGGGUAGCCGCAUCAGAGGAAUUCCGGGCACCUUCAACCCUUCUCCCCAGACUGAACGGCUCUUAUAUGUGGUGGACCUGCUGCUGUCAGAGGGACACCCAGUGCUGCUGGCUGGAGAGGCGGCAACAGGGAAGUCAACCUUUGUGGAGAUGCUGGUGAAGCCACAUCACCCUUACACGUACAACCCCAUCCACUCUGCCUUUAGUCCCACCCACCUGCGCCUGCUGCUGAGUCAAGGGGUCCAGGGCCAAGUACAAGCUGCCCCAUCACCUGGGCCGCACCUGGAUUCUAAAGGCUCCCUCCUCUUCCUGCUGGAAGAUCUGCACCUGGCCACUUCUAACCCAGAGAAGACCUGCCAGCCAGUGUUGGAGACUUUGCGCCAGGCCAUAGAUGGCACGGUGUAUGCCCACAGCACCUUGGAAUUGCAGAUGCUGCAGCCUCUAGUCAACUUCCUUGCCACUGCCACAGUACCAGGCUUCUGUGAGCUCCCACUGUGCCCACGUCUCUUUAGACUCUUCACAGUGCUGGCCCUGGGUAGCAUGACCCAGGCCAUCCUUCUGAGCAGGCAUACACCUAGCAUCCAGGCCUGGCUUGAGCGCUUCCCCUCUGUGGAACGGGAGGGGGUUCUAGCGAAAGCCCUGGUCCGGGCCUCAGUGGAGGCCUGGGAGGCUGUGGGCAACUGCUUUAUGCCUUCCCCGCUCCACCCACAUUACCGCUUUUCCCUGCACUCUGUGAGCCAACUACUGGGCAGCUUGCAGCUGCUGCCAACCAGGAUGGGCUCCCGGGGUUUUCUGGAUGUUCCCAACCAUCAGGAGCACUUGCACCGGGUGUCAGGCUUACGUGGCACUCGCCUGACAGUCAUGAUGGCCACACGUAACAUGGUGCGUCUUUGGUUGCAUGAGGCACAGAGGACAUUUUGUGACCGGCUGGAUAGCCCUAGAGAACGCUCCUACUGUGCCAACCUGCUCCUAGAAGUAGCUCAGAGUGUCUUCUGCUGUGAGCCAGCACCCCAGCAUGGGGGCAAGGGCUAUGAGGAGGAGGAAGAAGAUGAGGAGGAGAGAGUGCCCGAAGUGGAAUCUGAAGGGGAGUUGGCCCAGUGGGAGGACUUAAGCAACAGUGGCAGUGAGACAGAGGAGGAGGACGACCCUUAUGGCCUUCAGGUCACCACAGGCUCACCCUCCAAUGAUUCAGGUCUAGCACCUUCCACAGCACCAGUAAAGAAGGAAAGCACAGAAAUUAUAAGUCAGGAUACAAGCCAGGAGGAAGGCACAAAGACCUGCAGCUGCAAACUUCAGUUAAACAGAAACAAGAGUUGGUGGCAGAAAACCACCCAGAUGGACCUGGUCUCUCCUCUGUUGCUACCAGUGCUACUACUCUGCCCCUGGGAAAAGCCCUCUGACCUGGUCUUCAGUCAGGAGCUGACACUAGGGUCCAACUCUGAGAGCCCCAGCCUGUACCUGGAACGGCAGUGGGAGAGCCUGGAGGAGCAGCUGUCCACCACAGCCUCUCAGCUGAAGUUGAACGCCUCCCUUGCCUCUUGCCACGCCAUGGCCAUGCACGUGGCCCGCCUGGUCCGGGUGCUGGCCAGGCCUCGGCAGCACGGCAUACUGCUCUCAGGGGCUUUGGGUACUGGGCGCCGUACUGCCAUCACUCUGGCAGCUAGCAUUUAUCAGGCCCACCUCUUCCAUCUGCCAUCUGGCUCAGAGGAGGCCAUUCUCCAGUGUCUACGGGAUGCCAGCUGGCAUGCUGGCAUGUUAGGCCAGCCAGUGGCCCUGCUGGUGCCCAAGGGUGUGGAUCUUACUACCCUUCAUCGUCUGCUGGCCCUGGCAACCUCAGGCAGUUUCCCUGACCAGUAUACAGAGGCAGAUCUGGAAAGUAUUGAAGAAUAUCUCCCCAAGGAGAACCUUAGUGUCAAGCAGAACAUCAAGAAGGAAGUGCUGUUGCACAGGUUCUACCAGCAAGUGUGCAACCACCUGCACAUCUUCAUCCUGAUUGGAGAUGACCAGGCCCACAAACAGCUGCCUUCCACCCUUUACCUGAGGCUUCUUCAACUGGCCAUUGCUAGCAUUGACCGCUAUGAACCCUGGGACCAAGACUCCCUGAUCAGUGUGGUCCGGCACUACCUGGAGGGUGCUCAGAAUCCAUCCAUUGAUGAUGACUCCUUGAAGUGCCCAGACCUCCAGGCGUCAAUUCCCAGUGUGGCCAAAGCCAUGGCUCUCAUCCACCUUUCGGCUGCCAGCUACCAUGGACACCUAUGCCCUGAGUUGCCACUAGUCACCCCCAAGACAUUUCUAGACUUUCUGGACACCUUCGUGCUGCUGCAGCAACAGAUGACUCUGCAGAUUAAGAAGAAGGCCCAACGGAUCCAGAAUGCCCUGGAAAAUCUGAGAAUGCUUAUGGAGAAGCACAAUGCCCACACCAACUUUGUCUUUAACUUGGAACAGCUGCUGAAAAGUUCCCGCAAGAACCUCCACAUACUUCAGCAGCAGCUCCAGCAAGACAAGCUGCUGUAUAGGCGGCAGCUGGCGGAGUGUCAGCAGCAGGAGGACCUCAUCAAGAACCUGACCAAGCAGCGGGAUGCCCUGCGGGCUCAGUAUGAGGCUUUCCUGGAGCAGAUGGGCAAGGCAUUCCUGGGGCCUCUGAGCCAGCUGCAGGUAGCCGACUUUGAGGAGCUACGGAGCUAUCGAGUACCACCGGAAUCUGUGGUCCGGGUGACGGAUGCCCUGUGUGAUCUGUUCCACUGUGAAACAGGCUGGGCCAGCGCCAAGCAGCUCUUAUGCACCGAGGAUUUUUAUCAGGAGCUGGUGUUCUUCCCCAAGGAGAAGAUGACAGACUCUGAGAUGAUAAAGUUAGCCCAAGCUCUGAAGGCUCCAGGUAUGAGUGAUGCAGCUCUGCGGGCAGUAAGCAUACCUGCAGCGAGCCUGGCGGCCUGGCUCUGGGCCGUCCUGCGCUAUGGGCUGGCACAGCGUCGGGGACUGCCCACGGGCCUGCUGCUGCGGCAGAUAGAGGCCACGCUGGCUCGGGAGCAGGCCCUCCUGGGCCACCGCCAGUUCCAGGCCCAGGAGACCCUGGAGCACAAACUGGAUCUGGCCAACAAGCUGGAAGACUCCUGGGUUUCGCACAACCGUGUGAUGGAGAAUCUCAUUCGCGCUCAAUGUGGCCAAUAUCACAAGUGGCCCAUAAAGACUGCACUGCUCACACCUAUGCAGUCCUGGACUACAGAGCUCCAGAAGUUGAAGGGGCACUGCACGACUAUUUUCGGGGAUGCCCUUCUGUGUUCAGCUGCCAUCAUCUACCUGGGUCCUUUCCCAGCACUGCGGCGUCAGGAGCUACUGGACAAGUGGCUGGCUCUGUGCAGGGGCUUCCAGGAGCCCCUGGGCCCAGAUGAUGUGGCACAGGCCCUGAAGCAGAAGCAGAAAUCUGCCAUCAUGCCACCAAAGAACCCCCUGCUCUCCACACGCUCUCCCUUCAACCUUCUGACCCUGCUUAGCUCCAAAUCUGAACAGUUCCAGUGGGACCGAGACCUGAAGCCCCAGGCAAAGUCAGCCCGCCUGGCAGGCCUGCUCCUGCGAAGUCACACCCACUACUCCAGCUUCCGUUGGCCUCUGCUGCUUGACCCUAGCAACCAGGCCCCCAUCUGGCUGAACCCACUGCCUCUGCAAGAGACUAGAUGCUUGGCCCCAGGUCCAGGGAUGGGCUUUGUGAGAAAUCAAGAAAAAGAAGAGGCCAUGGAAGAGGAAGAUGAUAACAGUGAAGACAGUGAUAAGACUAAGGGCAAAACAAAAGAGCAGAAGACAGAGGACAGAGAAAAUGAGGAGGAGGGAAACAAGCAAGAGCACGAAGAGGAGGAGGAGGAAGAAGAGGAGGAGGAGGAGGAGGAGGAGGAGGAGGAGGAGACAGAGAGACAGAGGUCAGGGCCCGCCUCAGAGACUGGGGCUCUGCCCCUUCCCUCCCUUAGUGUGCUCUCAGGCACUGACCCAGAGCUGGGUCCUCAGCUCCAGGAGGCAGCUGCCAGUGGCCUGCCCGUGCUACUGACCAACAUGGAGCUGGGCCUAGGGUGCCAAGAACUACAAUGGCUACUGCGGCGGGAGAAGCUGAGCCCACCCCAGGUGCAGCCCAGCUUCUGUCUCUAUCUGAGCACUACUCUCCCCCUCAAUGCCUUGGAAAAAGUGCUAGGUUAUGAGCUGCUGAAGGGGCUGAAUGUACUGGAUCUGAGCCUGAACAUGGAAAUCCUAGAGGAACAGAUGCUGCACGAAAUCUUGUGCGUUGAGUGUCCCGAGCUUGAGAGCCGCUGGCAGGACAUAAAGCUCAGAACCCUGGAUUCCUUUGAAGCUGUGGAGGCUGCUGAGGAGGGGCUGCUGCUGCUGCUGCUGCUCCAGAACCCAAAACAUCAGAAACCAGCCAAAUUCCUCCGGGAGAUGGUGAGGGCCCAGGCAAAGCUAUGUCAGCUGCGUGCCCACUGUGAGGAGCUAGAAGAAAUGAGACGGCAGGAGGUGGUACUGUGGGCACCCUAUCGGCGUGUGGUCUGGCAUGGAAUGGCCAUUAUAAAGGCCCUUAGCCCACUGCAGAACCUGCUUCCACUUUUCCGUAUGCACCCAGACAACUGGCUAGCAGCCACCAAGCGGGCCCUGAACAGCAUGGAGCAGUAUGAGAUUCAUCAAGGGGAGGACCUGCCCAGCCAUCUGCUGCAGCUGAGAACACAGCUGACCCGCCAGCUACUGGGCAGCACUGUGGCUGCGCUGGGCCUGACCCAGUUACCGUUGGUGGGUGCCUUGGGUGCUCUGGCUCUGCUGCAAGUGGCAAGGAAAGCACCAGAGCUGGAGAGGCUGGCGCUUUGGCCUGGCCUGGCAGCCUCUCCUAGCACAGGCUACAGCAAGCCAAGUGUGGCUCGACCAGCCUGGCUGGGGCUGAAAGCCUGGCAAGAAUGUAGGAUGUUAGAGCUGCUGCCACCAUUCGCUGGGCUGUGUGCAUCCCUGGCACACCACUCUAAUGUUUGGCAGGCUUAUCUGUCCCUGUCAUCCACAGUGCUGGGUCCUGCGCCUGGGCCUGGACCUGAUCCACUUAGUCUCCUCCAGAAGCUGAUUCUGUGGCGUGUGCUGCGACCUGAGUGCCUGGCAGGGGCCCUGGCUGACUUUACCACCAGCCUCCUGGGCCGGCCCCUGGAUGAAAACCUGGAUGCCUCCACCAUACCCUUGGAACACAGCCAGGCUACUCAGCCCGUGCUGAUCUUGUUGCCACCACCUGGUCACCCCACAGCCACCAUGCAUCCCCUGACUGUCAUCCAGAAACUGGCUGCCAGGCAUGAGCAGGGACAGAAGCAUCUGGAGGUGAUCGCCCUGGGCUCUGAAGCCUGGGAUCCAGUCUCGGUAGUGGUUAGCACUCUAUGCCAGGCUAUGCACAAAGGGCACUGGCUCGUGCUGGAGAACUGUCAUCUGAUGCCUCACUGGCCGAAGGAGCUGCUACAGCCUUUGUGGAGGCUGUUGGAUGGAGCCAGGGUGGUCUCGGACCUGGAGUCAGAACUGCUUCUGGCCCAACCUGCAAGCAGGAACAUGGCCACUGUCCACAGAGAUUUUCGUCUUUGGCUUAUUUUGUCUGCAGAGGCUAUUGCUUCCUUACCAGCUGUACUGACUCAGCACUCCAUGCCUGUUUUCUGGGACCAGUCCCUGGAGCUGGGCCAUGUCUUGAUCAACAGCAUGGAGCUAGCCCAGCAAGGACGGAAUGUACAAUCCCCAACCAGGACGCUGCCUCUGGUCCUCCUACAUGGCCUCCUGCUAUACCGGCAGCUCUAUGGAAUGAAGCUGCAGGCACACAGGGGCCGUUGGAGUCAAGUGACCCUGACCCAGGUCCUUCAGAUCCAAGACCAGCUGUGGGCCAGCCUUAGCAAUCCCAGUGCUGCCAUGCAGGAGCUGGCUGCUUCGGUUUUCUAUGGGGGUCCUGUGGGAGACAGCAAGGACAGGGAGGCCCUGACUAGCCUAACACAAGCCUGUCUGAGCCCCAGCAGCAGGAGCUGGGCUCAACCACACACACCCCAGUAUCUGCUGGCCACCCUGCUGCCCAGCCCAGAGCUACGGGAACUGGAUGCUUUGGCAGAGUGCAAGGCCCAGAUGCACCUACUGCCCACACCUCCUGAACCCCAGAGCUGCGGACUGAGUGCCGGCCCCCGGGCCUGGCUGUUGCACCGCAAGAGUCGCGCUCUCUUGAGCGCGCUACAGCGGAGUCUACCCGCUUGGGUUCCUGCGGCUCGAGGAGGUUCCAGGCGCACGGAAAGGCGGCUGCGGCAGCGCCUAGUGCAGGCCAAGAGGAGGCUGGAGUCACUGCAGGCUCUGCUCAUGGACACCGCCCGCCCGGAAGAGUCUGGCGCCGGGUGGGUGGUGCCGCGGCAGCGGCCUCUGCAGGCCUUCCUCCAGACCGAGGUGCUGGAACUGAGCCAGCUGGCGCGCACGGUGCUAUGCGACCUUGAUUGCCUGUUGCAGCAGCUGAAAGGCGCGCCCCUGUGCGCCUCCCGGCGCUGUGCCGCGGUGGCCCACGCUCUCUGGACUGGCCGCCUACCCCCUCCUUGGCGUCCCUAUGCGCUUGCCGGCCCGCAGCCGCCCUGGCAUUGGCUGCGACAGCUGUCCCGCCGUGGGCAGCUGUUGGUUCGCUACCUGGGGGUGGACGCCCAAGUACCAGGGCGCAUCUUUCACCUAUCAGCCUUUUGCCACCCGCGCCGCCUGCUGCUGUCACUGCGCUCGGAGGCUACCUUUGCUACGGGCGCCCUGCACCAGCGUGUGCCCAGCUCGAAUCUCCCUGAAUGCCAAGGCCCUGGCUUCAGUGGGCUCCCAUAUAAACGUCAGGAGCUGAACAGCAACCCUUUGCACCUCCAGGUGGUGAACAGCCCAAAUCCUACAGUUCCAGAGAUGGGGCUGCUGCUGAUUGGGCUACAGCUCCGGAACGCUGAGUGGGACCCGUUAGCAGGGGCCCUGCAGGACAGCACCUCCAGUCAGCCCUGCCCUCUGCCUCCGGUCAGCGUCUGCGUCCAGGCUCGGGGCGCCAAUGACCUGACACCCCCAGCCGGUCUGGCUGUGUAUUCCUGCCCUGUGUACAUGGAAGGCCCCCUAGGCAUUGUUAGGCUGCACAGCAGGAACAUCCUGAUGUACCUGCCCCUGCCCACGAAGCUCAGCCCGGCCACCUGUGACCAACUGAGAGUCCAUGUGUGCAGCCCACCCUUGCCAUGAGCCCUCAACCAAAAUAAAGUUGGGGUGAUUCGAUUAAAGGUUUCUGAGAUUUAGUAGUGCAAGGUGGUGUGCACAUGGAGAAUUGACACGCUAAGGGGAAACCCCAGUGUGCACAACUGAGAGGGGGGUGUGGGUAUCCCGUGGGAAGAUGGGCCUAGUGUUGGUCAUGUAUCCAAGGCUCUAGGCAGAUGGGGAUGGCUAAUACACAGGAUCCUGAAUCCUUGCCCAGCUUUCUACUGUGGUCUCAGUACUUGUGCUAAAUCCACAAGGGGUGGAGAUAUAUAUAUAUAUAUAUCUCCACAUAUACAUACAUACAUACAUACACACAUUUUUUUUCACAAGGGAUAUUUUUAUAGAGAACAUUAGAACUGAAAAAUUAUUUUUUAGAGCCUUGGUUGUAUUACUGACAAUGCCUCAGUCUGGCCCUACCAGUCAUCCCCUCCCCUGGGAUGGAUUCUCCCAGUGAGUCAUACACAUAAAAAACAAAAGCCAAAUUAAGAUACAAGGUUUUAUGUGCAUUCAACAAUUACUUAUUGAGCACUCCUCUGGAUCACGUGCUCUUCCUGGCACUUAUGAGGUUGUUCCAAAGCAGGAAGACAGAGAAGGAAAAGGUCAACAUAUGGAUAAAUUAAAUUUGAUGAUUUCUAUGUGUUAUAAAGACAAUAAAGGAGGCUGACGUGUUAGAGCACGACUAGAGGGAAGCAGUUAGUAUAACUUGGGUGGUCAGGGGAUGCUUCCUAAACAUUAGAAAGGGAGCUACUUGAAGAUCUAGGAGGAGAGUUUCUGGAUAGAGCCCUCAGUAGGUGCAAAGGUCUUGAGGCAGGACAGAACAUGUAGCUGGAGUGUGGUGAAUG